AUGCCUAACCCUACAGUCGCUAUUGUAGGCCUGGGUGCCCUGGGCCUUGUAACUCUCAAGAACCUGCGAGAAGAAGGCUUUGAUGCCGUCGGGCUUGAUCGGAAUGACUAUGUUGGAGGUCUCUGGCAUUUUGAGGAGGGAAACAAACUGACUGUGAUGAGAAGCACGCUGUCCAACGGUUCCAAGCAGCGAGGAUGUUUCACAGACUUUCCCUUCCCUGAAGACAGUCCCGACUUCAUCCCUGCCGAGGGUAUUGAUAGGUACCUCAAGGACUAUGCCAAACACUUUGGACUGUUGAAACAUUGUCGCCUUCGCACCAGCUUCCAUGGCGCAAGAUAUGACGAAAAAAAGCAGCAAUGGCGCUUGUCCCUGUCCACACCUGAUGCUCCAGAGCCGCAUAUGGAGUGGUUCGACAAGGUCGUCUUUGCAAUGGGAGCAGAUCAGAUUCCUUCCAGGCCUAAGAUUGAGGGCAUUGAUAAGUUUAAAGGUCAUGUGGAGCACUCCAUGUCGUUCAAGAACCCCGAGGUGCUUGCUGGGAAGAGAGUCAUGAUUCUGGGCUUCGGCAACACUGCUGCUGAUAUGGCAACUGAGUUGGCUCCCAUUGCUGAUCAGGUCUACCUCGCACAUCGACACGGUGCUAUCAUUGUCCCCAGAUGGGUCAAAGGCAAGCCUGUAGACCACGUACGAACCUACCGCAAGUAUGUGAUCCUCAAUUUGAUGAACCGCUACACGCCAGGUCUCUGGGAGAAAACAAUGAACAGCGUCAUCGGAAAGCUUGUCCACAACACCUUUGACCUCAAGCCAGAGUGGCGCUUUGAUCCUGCCCCAUCAAUCACAAACCAGCGUCCUCUUGUCAACGACGAGUUGAUCCCAUCUUUGGAGAAGGGUUCUAUCAUCAGCACGCACGGACUGGCUCGUGUCAUCGACGAAAACACCGUCGAGACAAGUGACGGCAAGCAGUAUGAAGUCGAUGCUAUUCUGUUCUGUACAGGUUUCACUGUGGACUACUCUGUCGUAGGCAUGGACGCAGAUCCGUGUCGAGCCACUACCACAGAUUGGCAGAAAUCUCGCGGCUUCACAGGUCGUCCGUUGCCAAGAUUGUACCAAAACAUCUUCAGUCUCGAUCAUCCCGAGACUCUCGCUUUCAUCGGUCAUUUGUCUUUCAUGAACCCCGCGUUCUUCAUGUUUGACCUUGCCAGCAUGGCAGUCGCCCAGCUAUGGAAGGAUCCAUCAGGUUUCCCAUCCCAAGCAGAAAUGAACAAACAAGUCGAUGACCAACACGCUUGGGUCAUUGAUCUCGCUAAGAAGGGCCCUGUUACACCUUCCAUCGUCAAAGCAUCAGAGUGGAUGGAAUGGGUCGACCGAGUGAUUGGCUCUGGCUUGCCAGAACAUCUUGGGUACACUAUGAAGGGAUGGAACUUUUGGAUGCGCGACCGCAAGUUUUGCAACAUUAUGAUGGAUGGCCUGCUGAGUCCUCAUGCCUAUCGUGUGUUCCCGGGUAAGCGAAAGGCUUGGCCAGGAGCGAGAGAUGCCAUCAUUGCUAUGAAUGCUGAUCGGGAAGCGAGGUUUGGACCUAUGGAUUGA